CGGACAGAGAGGCGGAAAAUGGUUUUAAGCGCUAAUUUCGAGUUCUGGAAACUACAACUACCAAAGGGCCACUGGCUCCUGGGCAGUUUCUCGUUUCCGUCGAGUUGACCAUUUGGGUUGCUUCUGAGAGGUCAACUUGACUGGCCAUCAAGUUCAGCCACGGCCCAAGUCGUUGUUCAGUUCAACUGGUGAUGAAAUGGGGGUCAACCAGUCCGUGGGCUUUCCACCUGUCACGGGAUCCCACCUCGUAGGCUGUGGGGAUGUGAUGGAGGGUCAGAGUCUCCAGGGGAGCUUCUUUCGACUCUUCUACCCCUGCCAAGAGGCAGAAGAUACCACAGAGCAGCCCCUGUGGAUUCCCCGCUAUGAGUACUGCACUGGCCUGGCUGAUUACCUGAAGUUUAAUAAGCGCUGGGGAGGUUUGCUGUUCAACCUGGUUGUGGGAUCUUGUCGCCUGCCUGUUAGCUGGAAUGGCCCCUUUAAGACAAAGGACUCUGGAUACCCCUUGAUCAUCUUCUCCCAUGGCCUGGGAGCCUUCAGGACACUGUAUUCAGCCUUCUGCAUGGAGCUGGCCUCCCAUGGCUUUGUGGUUGCUGUACCAGAGCACAGGGAUGGGUCAGCUGCAGCAACCUGUUUCUGCAAGCAGUCCCCAGAGGCGAACCAGCCCAACAGCAAGUCACUGGAGGAGGAAUGGAUACCCCACCGUCAAACUGAGGAAGGGGAGAAGGAAUUCCAUGUUCGGAAUUGCCAGGUGCAUCAGAGGGUAAGCGAGUGCCUGAGGGUGUUAACUGUCCUGCAAGAGGCCGCUGCUGGGCAGACUGUCCUCAACAUCGUGCCUGGCGGGUUGGAUCUGAUGACCUUGAAGGGCAGCAUUGAUGUGAGCCGCGUGGCUGUAAUGGGGCAUUCAUUUGGAGGGGCCACAGCUAUUCUGGCUUUGGCCAAGGAGACCCGAUUUCGGUGUGCUGUGGCUCUGGAUGCUUGGAUGUUUCCUCUGGAACACGACUUUUACCCCACGGCCCGAGGCCCGAUAUUUUUCAUCAAUGCUGAGAAAUUCCAGACAAUGGAGAGUGUCAACUUGAUGAAGAAGCUUUGUGCCCAGCAUGACCAAUCCAGGAUCAUAACUGUCCUUGGUUCUGUUCAUUGGAGUCAAACUGACUUUGCUUUUAUGGCUGGUAACUGGAUUGCUAAAUUCUUCUCCACUCAAACCCAUGGGAGCUUGGACCCCUAUAAAGGUCAGGAGACUGUGGUGCGGGCCAUGUUGGCCUUCCUGCAGAAGCACCUUGACCUGAACGAGGACUAUGACGAAUGGAACAACCUCAUUGAAGGCAUCGGACCAUCACUAACCCCAGGGGCCCCACACCAUCUGUCCAGCCUGUAGGCACAACGGGUCAUUUGUGAAAGGUCACUGAGCUGAGUUCCCAUUGGGGGCCUGCCCAGGGACACCCAUGUCCUCCUAUCAGGAAGUGGUCAUUGAGUGCACAGAUUGAGAGGAUGUAAUCACACUGCUGAUUGGAUAACCGGGUACUUGGAUCUUGGACUUGUUGAUUGUUAACUCAUGUUGGGACUUGGGUCACUCACUGAUUGGCAAACUGACUUUCUGGGUACUGAGCCCUGAUGGUGUGGGGAACAAGCAGUGGGACGGGGCAAGGGAGGACCCAAGCCCCAAGCUGAGCACUGUGAACGCUGUUAACCCAGCCAGCUGACUCCCUCAUCUUGGGCCAGUGUGGCUUCUGCAGUGGAAGAAAUGGAGCCAAAGGAUGGAGGGAAAAUUCCCACUGUCCGGACCUCUAGCCCAACCUGCUGCUAUUUCUUCCUUCCCUUCCCCCUUCUCCCUCCCCAGGGUUGCUUGGUGAGUUCUAAACACUUUAGGUAGCUUUCUAGGAUAUGGACCACCAUCAGAUUUUCUGUUUAUUUUCAAGCCUUCUCACUGCAUGAAACAUAGUCUCAGGCAUUUAGUCAGGAUGAAGUUAUACUUGUGAGCCCGUGGAAGGGGCAGACAGCAUUGUCCUGAUAGCAUAAGGAGAGAGGCUGAGGGACAACGGGUACCUCAGAAGCUCUGGAUGUCUUAGAGUUUUGCUGAAAAUGUAGCUUGACAGGAAACAACAGACGUAGGUUGGGGUGGAGAAGGGAGAAUAACAUUGUUAAGUAGCCAUUUGAUCAGGCCCUCACCACAAAAGUGAGGGAGUUUGGUCGGUUCGAAUUCAGGAAGCCUUCCCUAGAGAGAAGUCUUGCCUCUUACCUCAGAUAUUGUGAGCCUCCAGCUUGCUCAGAAUCAGGGUGCUGUAGUUGUCUUCUGGCUCUGAGGCCUUAGUCUCAAAUUUAAGUCAAGAUAUAGGUUGAAUUUCCAUUCUGUUCCAUUUUUAAUAUGAAUGAUAUUAAUACUCAUGUUUGCC